UAAGAAGAAGCCUAAGAUUCUGAGCUGAAAGCUAAGUGCCCCAUAUAUGCCUGGGUGAUACUGAAGCAGCUUACGCUUCCAGAGAAAAGGCUCCGGUGCUUUGAAGAACAAUGUGGACUGAAUAGGAAAUACAUCAAGAAUCUACUUAUUGAGCUCUUCUAACAAAAGCCAGGAGCUCCCUAAUGUAAACACAUUAGUGUUUAUUUGGAGGAGGAAAUAUAUAAAUUUUUAAAAAAAGCAAUAAUAAAGUAAAUAGCUGAGCCCCACACCCCCCCAAAAAAAAAUUUAGUUGGAAGAUGUCACUGAACAAUUCUUCCAACGUAUUUCUGGACUCAGCGCCCAGUAAUACCAAUCGCUUUCAAGUUAAUGUCAUAAAUGAGGGCCAUGAGAGCAGUGCUGCAGCGGAGAACAGCGACCCUCCCCAUUAUGAGGAAACCUCUUUUGGGGAUGAAGCCCAGACCAGAUUCAGAAUCAGCUUUAGGCCUGGGAAACAGGAGUGCUAUGACAAUUUCCUCCAAAACGGAGAAACUACUAAGACAGAUGCUAGUUUUCAUGUUUAUGAUUCUCACACAAACACAUACUACCUACAAACCUUUGGCCACAACACCAUGGAUGCUGUCCCCAAGAUCGAGUACUAUCGCAACACUGGCAGCCUCAGCGGGCCCAAGGCCAAUCGACCCAGCAUACUUGAAAUUCACGAGCAACUUGCAAAGAAUGUGGCAGUGGCCCCAGGUUUACCUGACAGGGUUGCUAACGGUGAUGGGAUGCCUGGAGAUGAACAAGCUGAAAAUAAAGAAGAAGAAGAUAAAUCCGGGGCUGUGAAGUUCGGAUGGGUGAAAGGUGUGCUGGUAAGAUGCAUGCUGAAUAUCUGGGGUGUCAUGCUCUUCAUUCGCCUCUCCUGGAUUGUUGGAGAAGCUGGAAUAGGUCUUGGAGUUGUCAUAAUUCUUCUUUCCACCAUGGUAACCUCUAUUACUGGGUUGUCAACUUCUGCAAUAGCAACUAACGGGUUUGUGCGUGGAGGUGGGGCCUACUAUCUCAUCUCCAGGAGCUUAGGGCCAGAGUUCGGUGGGUCUAUAGGCUUGAUCUUUGCUUUUGCCAACGCAGUGGCUGUUGCUAUGUAUGUGGUGGGAUUUGCUGAGACUGUGGUAGACCUUCUUAAGGAGAGUGAUUCAAUGAUGGUGGAUCCAACCAAUGAUAUCCGGAUCAUAGGCUCAAUCACAGUGGUGAUUCUUUUAGGAAUUUCCGUAGCUGGAAUGGAGUGGGAAGCAAAGGCUCAAGUGAUCCUUCUGAUCAUUCUUCUUAUUGCUAUUGCAAACUUCUUCAUUGGAACCGUCAUCCCAUCCAACAAUGAGAAGAAGUCCAGAGGUUUCUUUAACUACCAAGCGUCAAUAUUUGCAGAAAACUUUGGGCCAAGCUUCACAAAAGGAGAAGGUUUCUUCUCUGUCUUUGCCAUUUUUUUCCCAGCAGCCACUGGGAUUCUUGCAGGUGCCAAUAUCUCAGGAGACUUGGAGGAUCCCCAAGAUGCCAUCCCCAGAGGAACCAUGCUGGCCAUUUUCAUCACCACCGUCGCCUACAUAGGAGUUGCUAUUUGUGUAGGGGCCUGUGUGGUCCGAGAUGCCACUGGGAACAUGAAUGACACCAUCAUUUCUGGGAUGAACUGCAAUGGUUCAGCGGCCUGCGGGCUGGGCUAUGACUUCUCAAGAUGUCAGCACGAACCAUGUCAGUAUGGGCUGAUGAACAAUUUCCAGGUCAUGAGCAUGGUGUCGGGGUUCGGCCCCCUCAUCACGGCUGGCAUCUUUUCUGCAACGCUCUCCUCCGCCCUGGCCUCCCUCGUCAGCGCUCCCAAAGUGUUCCAGGCUCUGUGCAAGGACAACAUCUACAAAGCCCUGCAGUUCUUCGCGAAAGGAUACGGGAAAAACAAUGAGCCGCUGAGAGGAUACGUCCUCACUUUUGUGAUAGCCAUGGCGUUCAUUCUUAUUGCGGAACUGAACACCAUUGCUCCCAUCAUCUCCAACUUCUUCCUGGCCUCAUACGCACUUAUUAAUUUCUCCUGCUUCCAUGCCUCUUAUGCCAAAUCCCCAGGAUGGAGACCUGCAUAUGGGAUUUACAACAUGUGGGUAUCUCUUUUUGGAGCUGUUUUGUGCUGUGCAGUCAUGUUUGUCAUCAACUGGUGGGCAGCUGUUAUCACCUACAUCAUUGAGUUCUUCCUCUAUAUCUAUGUAACCUAUAAGAAGCCAGAUGUGAACUGGGGCUCCUCCACACAGGCUCUUUCCUAUGUCAGUGCUUUGGACAACGCUCUGGAAUUAACCACAGUGGAAGACCAUGUGAAAAAUUUCAGGCCCCAGUGCAUUGUCCUAACGGGGGGACCCAUGACAAGACCCGCUCUCUUAGACAUAACUCACGCCUUCACCAAGAACAGUGGCCUUUGCAUCUGCUGUGAAGUCUUUGUGGGACCGCGCAAGCUGUGCGUUAAAGAGAUGAACAGUGGCAUGGCGAAAAAGCAGGCCUGGCUGAUAAAGAACAAAAUCAAGGCGUUUUAUGCUGCCGUGGCUGCAGAUUGUUUCAGGGAUGGUGUCCGAAGUCUCCUUCAGGCCUCGGGCUUAGGAAGAAUGAAACCAAACACUCUGGUGAUUGGAUAUAAAAGAAACUGGAGGAAAGCUCAGUUAACAGAGAUUGAAAACUACGUGGGAAUCAUACACGAUGCGUUUGAUUUUGAGAUUGGUGUGGUCAUCGUCAGAAUCAGCCAAGGCUUUGACAUCUCUCAGGUUCUUCAGGUACAAGAUGAACUGGAGAAAUUAGAGCAGGAGAGGCUGGCUUUGGAAGCCACGAUCAAAGACAAUGAAAGUGAAGAAGGAGGUGGAGGCAUCCGGGGCUUGUUUAAAAAAGCGGGCAAGUUGAACAUCACUAAGCCAACCUCUAAGAAAGACGGCAGCAUUAACACCAUCCAGUCCAUGCACGUCGGGGAGUUCAACCAGAAGCUGGUGGAAGCCAGUGCCCAAUUUAAGAAGAAGCAAGGAAAGGGCACAAUUGAUGUCUGGUGGCUGUUUGAUGAUGGAGGGCUAACACUCCUUAUCCCCUAUAUCUUGACUCUCAGAAAAAAAUGGAAAGACUGUAAAUUAAGAAUUUAUGUCGGAGGGAAGGUUAACCGCAUUGAAGAAGAAAAAAUUGCAAUGGCUUCCCUUCUGAGCAAAUUUCGGAUAAAAUUUGCGGAGAUCCAUGUUAUUGGUGACAUCAACAUGAAGCCAAACAAAGAAAGCUGGAAAGUCUUUGAAGAGAUGAUAGAACCAUACCGUCUCCAUGAAAGCUGCAAAGAUUUAACAACUGCUGAGAAAUUAAAGAGAGAAACUCCAUGGAAAAUCACAGAUGCAGAACUGGAAGCAAUCAAGGAAAAGAGUUACCGCCAAGUUCGACUGAAUGAACUCUUACAGGAGCACUCGAGAGCUGCUAACCUCAUCGUCCUGAGCCUUCCGGUGGCCAGAAAAGGAUCUAUAUCAGAUUGGCUGUACAUGGCUUGGUUGGAAAUCCUCACAAAGAACCUCCCUCCUGUCUUACUAGUCAGAGGAAACCAUAAAAAUGUCCUGACAUUUUACUCCUAAAACAUGAAAAAUUAGAACACAUUUUUACUUAAUGCAUGGAUAAUUAAAAACCAGUCUAGUACUUGAUCAUGUAAAUCUGAUCUGUAGUUAUGCAAACCUCCGAAGACUAUACCACAGGAUUCUACAUAAACUUUGUCACUAUUUUUUUGUUGUUAGUUAAUGGGAACUAUUUUCUAUCAGCUUAAGGGCAGUGUCAGAGCUAAUGGUACACCUUUAAAAAAACACACAUCUUUUUCAUUGCUGAUGAUAAACAAGAAAAUUAAGCAAAUACAUGCUGGCUUAUGCUCAUGAAAACCAGCAACCUGAUUGUCAGCUUCUCCAGGCAGGCCUAAUCUUUUGUUUGCUUCUAGGCCCCCAUAGAGCCUUCAGCCCCACAGCAGGUUCUCAUUAAAUGCUUAUUGACAGGCUGGUAGAGUAACAGGGGUGGUUAUCAAAGGAAAAGACUGACGGGGCAGGAAACGUGAUUAUGCUUGCCCUUCUGAGAGGCUUAUACCUACAAAGAAGAUUUGAAAAUCAAUACCUGAAAACUUUAAGAAGUACUUGAGUCUACAAAAUGUUUAAAGCAGUUACCUAAAUAAGGUUAUUUAAUGUAACACAGAUUAUAUACUUAGAAUGAUCUGAGCGAUCAUUGAUAACAUAUGGCUUCAAUUUGCUGCUGACUGAAAUGUAUAUUAGCUGGAUUAGAAGGCAGCACAUAUUCUAAUUAAAUGAAAUAUACUCCAUUCUUA